AUGGGCUGGACUAUGACUCUAAAAGAUGACUUUGGGGUCAUUACCUGGACAUGGCAAACGAUGAAAUUGCUCAGCCUCUUCCUCUUCUUGUCUCUCUUUUCCAUUCCAGUCCCCUCAGAAAAUGUGCUUUCAAAAGAUCACCAUUUCUCAUGGAAACCAGGCCAGUGGGGUCAGUGUAUUGGGAAGAAGUGUGGUUCUGGUGGGGUUCAAACAAGGACAAUCUGGUGCAUCCACGUGGAAGGUUGGACUACCCAUAACUUCCACUGCCACCACAUGGAGAAACCAGAAAGCUGGAGGCAGUGCUUUAAGGUCUGUGACUGGCACCAAGAUGUUUUUGAAUGGGAGGUUUCUAACUGGGGAGCAUGUGUUAUUAUGCCUUUGUUUUCCAAUGAGCUCAAGUUGAGGACAGCCGAGUGCAUUACAGCACAGCAUGGCAUUCAGAGCCGCACCAUCCACUGCAUUCGCACGUCAAACAGAACCACGGUCACUUCAAAGAUCUGUGAGCUCUUUUCCCAGAAACCACCAAUGGAGCAGGCAUGCCUAACCCCAUGCCCCCAGGACUGUGUGGUUUCGGACUUCACCUCUUGGUCAAGUUGCAGCAAAACAUGCGGUGGUGGUCUGCAACAUCGGACUCGACAUAUUCUGGCCACACCAAUGUAUGGAGGGGCAAAUUGUCAAAACCUCACUGAAACAAGGACUUGCAUUAGCCUUCUUGAUUGCCAUAAUGCAGAGGAAGACUACCAGUAUAGCUUCAAAGCAGGGGCCUGGAGUGAAUGCCGAGUAAUACCAUAUCACAGGAAUGCCCUCCAAAGUGGAAGGACCACAGUGGACUUAAGCUCCAAUGACAACAGUACUGGCACACCCCACCCUCUGGAUUCUCACCACCACUCCCAUCACAACCACCAGAUCCAUGCUCAUGUACAGGUCAGAUACCCACUAUCAUGGGAACUAGAUGUGGGAUAUCAGACACGCCAUGUACGAUGCACAAGAAGUGAUGGAAAAGAUGUAAUGUUGAGUUUUUGUCGCAAGGAUACCGCCCUCCUGACCUUCAAGGUGUGUCAGAUGCCCAAUGACUGUCAGACAUCUGAAUGGUCAUCGUGGAGUCCUUGCUCUAAGACCUGCCGGUCCAAUGAUCUGUCUCCUGGUUACCGUCUACGGUCACGGAUCAUGACACAGAUUCCACAUGGCGGAGGAAGGCAAUGUCCUGGUCUUGAGGAAAAAGAAGCUUGCAACAUCAUUGGAGAUUUACUUCCAAAAUGCCCCAGGUAUGUGUGGAGGACCAGUGACUGGGGUGAUUGCCACAUCCUGCCCUUACUGAGCCAGCAGGACCAGCGGCUGGCUAAUGUCAGUAGUCUGUGUGGAGGAGGUAUCCAGAUCAGGAAGACUUUUUGUGUUCAAGCUCAAGAUGAUUCGGCACCACAUCUCAGGAAGGAAGUGUCCAGGCCUGUGGCUGCCAGGCUGUGUGAUGGAAACCAGCUCCCCCUGGCUGUUCAGAACUGCUCCAUUCCAUGCCAACUCCACUGUAUGCUCUCCCAGUGGUCAGCCUGGAGUUCCUGCCUACAUGAAUACUGCAAAGAACCACGGGAGAAAAAAGGUUUAAGAAAAAGGAUAAGAGAGAUGUUGUGGCAUUCUGGUAGUGCUCUGGGGACUUGCUCUCAUCUGACGGAGUUCAUUCCCUGUGAGGAUCCUGCUUGCGACCUGUGGCAGGUCCACCAAGAUGGAAGAUGUAUUCCCACCAAAAUCCCCUGUGGUCUUGGAACUGUGGUUCAGAAUUUGACUUGUGUCACCACUGAAGAGGGGAAAGCUUGUCCACCAGCUACAACCUUGGAGGAAUGGCGAAUCUGCAAUGACCAUCCUUGCACAAUAUUCUACUGGGAGGCGUCCGCAUGGGGUCCCUGUAUGGAAGAUACCUCCGCUGAUUUAUAUGGAACAAGCUUCAACAAUGGGACGUCUUCCUGUGCUGUUGGUGUACAGAGCCGUAAAAUCAGCUGCGUGAAGAUGCAUGCUGGUCCUGUCACGAAUAAAAGGUGUUCAGAGUCUUCUCGUCCAGAAACCUCCCGACCAUGUUUGCUUCCCUGCAAGAAAGACUGUGAAGUGACACCCUUUAGUGAAUGGACAGACUGCCCAUCAACCUGCAUUGCAGAAAGUGCAUCAGCCAUCAAGCAGUCUCGAUACAGAACCAUUAUUCACAGGCCUGCAAAUGGAGGUCAAGAAUGUCCAGACACACUGUAUGAGGAGAGAGACUGUGAAUCACUUCAUAAAUGUCCAGUGUAUAGGUGGAGAACACACAAGUGGCACAGUUGUACCCUUGUCCCUGAUUCUGUUAGACGAGGACUAUCUGGAUCGCGAGAAAACUGUGGAAAUGGGUUAAACACACGAGGUCUCAGUUGUGUUGGGGAGGAUGGCGAGUCAGCCAAUAUGACAGAGUGUCUGCGAUGGGCUGGCCCCUUGCCCCCUCAAAUCAGGCAAUGCAGAGUUGCCUGUAAAGAUGACUGCAUACUGACUGCAUGGUCCAAGUUCUCUGAAUGUGCUGGAUGUGGCCAUUCACAAACUCGAAAACGUGCACUAAUAGGUCGCAGCAAAAAAAAGGAACAUUGUCUGAAUGAGAAGUUACACCCACUUGAGGAGAAACAGACUUGUCCCUGCAACGAGUUUUUAUCUCAGCCAUAUGGGAACUGGUCUGUUUGCAUUCAUUCAGAUCGCGCAGUACUCGGGUCACUGCAGGGUUGGAUGAGCCAUUGGGAGACAAAAGAGUGUGGCCAAGGUCUGCGCUACAGAGCUGUGGCCUGCAUUGACCACCAGGGACAUCUGGUUAACCCUGCACUCUGUACAGAAUCAGGUUACAUAGUGGAGGUUUGUCAUAUCCCCUGUCCCCUGGACUGUAAGCUGAGUGACUGGUCAGCUUGGUCAGAUUGCAGUGCAUCCUAUGGCAGUGGGUUGAAGACGAGGUCAAGGUGGCUCAGGGAGAAAGCUUUUAACGGGGGACGCCCUUGCCCCAAGUUGGACAUGAAGAACCAGGCUCAGGUUCACGAGGCUGUGCCAUGCAGUGGAGAGACCAGCCAUUAUGAGUGGAGGAUUGAGCCCUGGUCCAUUUGUAACAUCAAUACUGUGGACAACCUGCCAGCCUGCGGAGAGGGAGUCCAAAGCCGCAAGAUCAGGUGUGUGAAGAGGAGUACCGUGAACGGGGAUCAACGCCAUGUGGAUGAUAGCCUUUGUGAUGGGGAAGAAAUGCCGCCCAGAGCCCAAGUGUGCUACCUGGCCUGCCCAGACGACUGUGUCACGGCACCUUGGGGAGCUUGGAGCAACUGCCCUCUGCAGUGUGACCCAGGGGCAACAAGAAACAGAAGCAGACAUAUUCUCCGCCUCCCAGCCUCGGAGGAUAUGUUGUGUCCAGAGCUAGUCCAGACAGAGCAAUGUGUUCUCAACAGUACCUGCUACACCUACGAGUACAAAGUCUCAGAAUGGAGUACAUGCCAGCUGAGUGACAAUGCCAUCUGUGGUGAAGGUGCACAGCUGCGUCUUCUGGACUGUGUGCGGAGUGAUGCCAAGAUUGUAGAACUGCGGGAGUGUGAGCAGUUAGGUUUGAUCAACAAGUGGCGACUCUUUGAAAAAUGCGUGGUUGAGUGUCCCAUCAACUGUCUACUCUCUGAUUGGUCCCCAUGGGCAGACUGCUCCCUCAGCUGUGGAAGCCAAGGCCAUUUGGUGCGCACUCGGAGAAUGCUGCAGGAGGCUCGCCAAGGGGGACGUCCCUGCCCAUCUCAGCUAACGCAGACCAAACCAUGUCCCAUAACUCCUUGCUAUAUGUGGUUACUAAGUGAUUGGUCUCCAUGCACCGUACAGGGUGCAGAGUGUGGUGAAGGGCUCCGCAGAAGGAACCUGUCAUGUGUCAUCCACUUGGGUAACAAGGCUGAUUAUCAUCCUCGGGCUGCAAAGACGGAGCUUUGUGGAGACGUUCGGAGGGAGCAUCUCAAACAGGAUAUGGAACAGCCGUGCUUCGUCCCCUGCCCAGGAGAUUGUUAUCUGACUGAGUGGUCACUUUGGAGUUCUUGCCAGUUGACCUGCUUGGAGGGACGGAGUUUUGAGUCCAUUGGCCACCAAGCACGUUCCAAAGCUGUGAUCAUUCAGGCCAUGGAAAAUCAGGGCAGUUGUCCACAUCAAGUCUUUGAAACCCAGCCCUGCAAAGGAGGGAAAUGCUACAGUUACCGAUGGCGAGCAGGGGGCUGGAAUAACAAUGAGAGGGAAGUGUGGUGUCAUCGCUCAGACGGUGUCAAUGUCACAGGGGGUUGUUUUCAGCAGAAAAAGCCAGCGAGACUGAGACACUGCCAUCCUCCGUGCACAAAACCGUUCUCACAUUGUACACCGAGUGGACUGUGUGGUUGUGAAAGGGGUUAUACUGAAGUGAUGACCUCGCACGGCUUCUUGGACUAUUGCACAAGAACUCCAGAGGUGGACAACAACAAGAAAGCUGAUGUAAAAACCAAUUCUGGGAGAUUAAAACCUGGACUGUCUCAGACAAAAGACUUCUACAGUGAAUGGAGUUUGCAUCCUGUAGGUCCAGAUGGAAGAGUUAAGCUGUGGGUCUAUGCUGUGACUGUGGUUGGAUUCAUCCUGAUAAUCUUCAUAAUAGCAUUAUCAUUCCUAAUCUGGAAUCCAUUGAAAAUCAGUACAACUUCUUGUCCACCGCAGAAGCCGUUGACCCUGGCCUACGACGGGGACAUGGAUAUGUAAACUCGCU